CACGACGGGUUAGCGCGCGGAUCGUAUAUGACUGCCAGCUAGAAACUAGGUGUUACUAGGAAGGACAAUUUGCCUAUAAUAAGCUUUUUGGGCAUAUACAGUACAGGUUGUAUAGAAAAAUCAAUAAAAUGAGUAAACGAUUUCGCCGUAAGAAGGAGGAAAAGCCACCACCGGCUACAGGACCAGGCAGUAAGAUUAUUGCUCUUCCGGAACCCUUAAAGAAGAGUCACAUCCGACGUAUGCCGGAUGGUAAGAAGGUGUUUUUGUCUUUUGGAACAGCCAACAUGAAAUCCUUGCCCAUUGAAAUUUAUGAUAACGAAGAGUUAUCUCUCCUGUCGGUGAAAUUUAACGCCGAGAAUAACAGGUUAAAACGACUACCAAAAUCCAUCGAAGCUCUACACAAUAUGGAGAAUAUUAACGUUAGAAAUAACAACCUGUCAGCAUUUCCUGCAUCUUUGGCUAAAAUGAAGAAACUUAAAAUAUUGGACGUAACGAACAAUAAUAUAAAAAGACUGCCACCCGCAAUUCAUAAAAGCACAGCUCUUCAAACGCUUUACGCUUCUAAAAACAGAUUAAGGACAUUACCGAAAAAUAUCGGAAAAUCGAACUCUUUGUCACAUGUAGACGUUUCUUAUAAUAUUAUCAGAUCUUUCAAAAAGGGAGUUUACGAUAUGUCUGCAUUUGUGAAUCUUUCUGGAAAUCGAAUUCGUGAUAUUCCUAAUGUGAGCGUUAAGAAACCCCAGAUCAAAAAACUGGAUCUGAGCUACAACACCAUCACUUUUAUUCCUGAUUCUGUAUCCAAACUCCAGUGCUUGACUUGGCUCGACCUUUCGCACAAUUCCUUGGAUGAAGUUCCACCUCAGUUGGGACAGGUGAAGUAUCUCAACUAUUUAGAUAUAUCCAAUAAUCACCUGAAGGCCCUUCCCGACGAAAUCUGCGCUUUAGGGUAUGCAUUGACCACUUUUAAGUUUGCUCACAACGAAAUAGCCGUGCUGCCAGAUGAUAUUCACAGAUUAAAGAAGCUCGAAGAACUGGACGCGUCCCACAAUGAGAUCGAGUUCCUGCCGACCAGCACAAAGGAUUUGCCAUGCAUUCUAUCUCUCAAUGUUUCCAACAAUAUACUCAAGUCCAUGAAAUUUGCAGUGACCUUGAUGACCCUAGAGCAUCUCUAUGUGGGCGGAAACGCUAUAGAAGUUGUUCCCUCGGAAAUCAAAGAAAUGAAGUCCCUGAUCACAUUAGAUAUCUCGGAUAACGGCAUACGAGAUAUGCCGGACUGUAUCGGUCACUUAAAAGCACUGAAAAAGUUGAACAUUGCCAAAAAUAAAAUUUCCAUCCUCCCGGAGAGUGUCGGCGAGGAGCAAGUGCUGACGUCUCUUGAUAUCUCUUACAACCGAUUAGCAAAAUUGCCCCAGGAUCUGAGAAAACUACGAAACUUAGAAGUGUUUCACAUGAGUCAUAAUGAAAUAGCUGCAAUGCCUAAAUCGAUAGAGUAUCUCUACCAGAUUUACUCUUUGGACGUCAGCAGUAACGGUAUGACAGAGCUGAAUCUACCCAAAACAUUGACAAAUCUCAAUCUCUCAGAUAACCCCUUAACGGUGAAUCCGACCGAUCUUAAAUCACCUAUGGUAGUGGUCGGGGACAAGGACCACUUGAAAACACUGACCAGGCUUGUAACGACAGAUUUACAGUUAGACGAAAUACCACCAGCAGUAUUUAACUUACGGUUCUUGGAACACCUCAACGUCUCCAAGAAUCACCUUAAAUCCCUCACGGACAACAUCAAGAAACUAAAAAGGCUGCAAGAAUUGAUCGCAAGCAACAACGAAAUCACUGAAAUACCAAUCGUAAUUGAUGACCUAAAACAGUUAAAAUACAUGGAUGUUUCCUACAACCAAAUUUCCGUAUUCCAACCUAGAAUUGUAAAACUAUUUUCCCUAGAGACACUCAUUAUGUCACACAACAAGAUGGUUCUUCUUCCAGAUGACUUUGGGGACCUAAACAAGCUGAUGCUGCUAGAUCUAUCCCACAACGAGAUUGUCACCUUCCCAAAGGAUAGAAUUGACGUUUUGGCAUCUCUGAAAGAGUUGAACGUUAAUGAGAAUCAUAUUGAUGCGUUCACGGUUCAGUUCCCUUAUCUGUAUCGUCUACAGAUCCUGAGAGCAGCUGGAAACGACCUCAAGGCUAUGCCCACAAAAGAUAUGUUAAGGAUGCAGUCUUUGGAAGUGUUGGACCUUUCGGACAACAUCAUAGAAACUUUACCAGAGAGCAUCUGUAAACUCCCUGCAAUCCGCGAAGUGAAUGUUUCCGACAACCGAAUCAUGAACGGAUUCCCCAAAGCUUUUGAGACGCUGAAACAGAAGGCGAACGUGAAAGCCGAUCAGCAGUCGAACUAUAAGUCUAGAAUAGACCGAGAUCGUCCAAGGCCUCACGAUAAAGCCAGUCCCAAAAACAAACGGAACAAGAAGACGCCGAAAGGAUUUCGACAAGCUAAGACAGGUUACAUGUCAGCUCCUCUAUAGGUAAAUAGUAGUAGUAGUUCGUUUUCAAAGCAAUAUUAUUACGGACGUAGGCUGGGGAUGCGACGACUUGGCGAGGUGAAAAUAAAAGACGUUCUGUGGAUACCUUGGUAUGUUCAGAACAAAAAAAACUUAAGCAUAUCUCCCACUGUUCACACUUACGCCUCCAUCCAAAGCCCGAACCUGGCUACGUCCCUGCAUGAUUUAGCUUUAGCAUUGCUUCAGCCGCAAUUUUCUAACCGCAAGCUUUUGCAAUAAUGCGACCGUGUUUCACUUCAUAUCUAUAACUGUAUCCUCGUCGGCGUUCUUCAUUUUGAUUUGAUAAUACACUUAAGUCCUGAAAAGAGAAGAAAUACGUUUUCUAACUUACACUCUGUCCCACCGUUGUAUUACUAUACCCUAAUGCUUUCUAUAACGUUAUCAAACUUACUGUGAUGUUUUUGUUUUAAAGAAGUGCCUGAUAUGUUUCUAAUUUUGUGUAAUUAUGUUGCCAGAAAUCUUAUAUUUUAAAUGUUGUUAACUUUACUCACUUCAUCAUCUUUUGUAUUGAUGUUAUUUCUUAGAAUGUUCAAUCUCUGGGCUGAACAGUAAUAUAAGUAAAUCAUUAGGGGAGAAUAGCAAAGAUCAUGCAAAGCCCUUUAAGCCUACUAUGCUAUUAUGUACAGAUAUGUAUUUUAUAGAAAUUUUAAAUGUACAAGAAGCCAAAAUAAAUGUCAGUUAUGCUUAUAUCAAACAGAGCUCUGUGAAAGAAAUAAGUGACUUUUAACAUAUCCAAAUCAAUGUUUGUAGGUAGCUAGGUUGCAUGGUUGUUGGGUGGUUCUUUUUUACAGAAACACCUUCGUAAAUAAUAUGUACAUAGGCGAGAAUAGCAAAGAUCACGCAAAGACCUUUGAAAAUACUAUAAGCAAUCUCUGUAUUACGUAAUUCGGGUGAUUUAUCAUUUUGUUUCCUAAAGAUAUAGUUGUGCAUCUAAUGUUAUGUAACUUAGUACUAUUAUGUACAGAUAUGUAGUUUAUAGAAACUUUAAAUAAACAAGAAUCCAGAAUAAA